CAUAGAACACUAAAAAAUAACAACAUCCAAAUCCGCGAUUCUCUCUCUUUUUUGUGUGUGUGCAAGGCGCAAUAAAGUGUAAUAUCAUCCGAAGCUGCUCCGUGGAGAAAGGCGGCGUAAACCGGGCUCGAAACGGUGGCGUUGCUACCAGUACAGUGUUUGCAGCUGAAGUUAGUACCGCUGGCGGAGUGAUAUAUUUGUUGGUUAUUUACAGUACGUUUUAUAGCAUGCGCUCGUGGUAUACAAGAUAGUGUGAAGAGUUGAAUUUGUUAUCACGCACAAAUUUCCGCGUUUAUCGCGUCCCUGUCAAACCCCGGCACUUCAACAAGACUAGAGGGAUUUAUGCGUACAGCCUUCGAUCACCUGUCAGUUUACCUCCUGAUACAAUUGAGCUGGCUGCACCGUAUCCAAUGGUUCCGCCCCUUUGUUUCCUUUUCUGAAUUCUGAUUGGAACAAUGGAACGUCAAUCCCGUCCAAACAAGUGACUGUGAAGACAGAAAGUCUAUGAGGUCUGGAAUGACACAAGGACAGGAGAGUGCAGUGGUCCAGCCCUGUGGAUGCUGAACGGGCAGGGAGGUUAAACGCAGCGCUGGAACUGAAGACGGCCGCAAAUAAGCAAGUCCUUGGAGAAGGUAUAUAUCAGCAGGGGAUAAGGGUUGGUGUGUUUCAGAACAGAUUAGUGCAGUCACAGGUUGUGUUCCUCCUCUCUCCACUGCACCCUCAUACACGAGACUCCUCAAGCACUAGCCGACCAAUCAAGGUCUUUUAUUCUCUUCUCUGAUUGGUUUUUAAGUCAUGAUGCAAGAGUCGGGGACAGAGGCGACAAACGGAACAGCCAAUCAGAACGGCGCCCCACCUAGUGUGGAGGGACACCGAGAAGUUCGGUCCAAGAGCGCCACUCCUUCCUCUGACAUCACAGCGUCUGACCUCGUCAACUUCCAGCAGCAGCAGGCCUUACAAGUUGCACGACAGAUCCUUCUUCAACAGCAAAGCAGUGCCCACAAGUCCCCAAAAAACAAUGACAAGCAACCUGCACCACAGGUCCCAGUUUCUGUUGCUAUGAUGACACCACAGGUCAUAACUCCUCAGCAGAUGCAGCAAAUCCUCCAACACCAAGUUCUGAGCCCCCAGCAGCUCCAGCUGUUACUGCAGCAACAACAAGCACUGAUGUUACAGCAGCAGCAACUCCAGGAGUUCUACAAGAAACAGCAAGAACAACUCCAUCUUCAGCUCAUCCAGCAGCAGCAUGGCAGCAAACAGCAGAGUAAAGAGGUGUCUGUGCAGCAGUUGGCAUUCCAACAGCAGCUGCUCCAGGUUCAGCAGCUCCAGCAGCAGCAUCUCCUGAGCCUGCAGAGACAAGGGCUGCUGUCCAUUCAGCCCAACCAGACUCUGCCCCUGCACUCCCUCACUCAGGGCAUGAUUCCAGCCGAACUGCAGCAGCUGUGGAAGGAGGUGACAAACAGCCAUGUGAAGGAGGAGAACAGCGCGCCCAAUAACGGUCACCGGGGUCUGGACCUGUCGUCCCCUUCCCCCGUUCCCCCCAAAAACCACAACCAGCAUGGAUCCACCAAUGGCCAGUACAUCAGCCACUCGCUCAAGAGAGAGGGAUCAACUUUGGAUGAUCAUUCUCCUCACAGUCACCCUCUCUACGGUCACGGCGUCUGCAAAUGGCCAGGAUGUGAAGCUGUGUUCGAAGACUUUCAGUCGUUCCUGAAACAUCUGAAUAAUGAACAUGCCUUGGAUGACAGGAGCACUGCGCAGUGCAGGGUACAGAUGCAAGUAGUUCAACAGCUGGAACUGCAGUUAGCGAAAGACAAAGAGCGUCUUCAAGCAAUGAUGACUCAUCUUCAUGUCAAGUCUACAGAGCCCAAACCCGCCCCACAGCCACUAAACCUGGUUUCUAACAUCACCCUGUCCAAGACGGCUCCCGAGGCCUCACCGCCCCUCAGCUUACCCCAGACGCCCACCACCCCGACGGCCCCCCUCACGCCGCUCUCACAAACCCACUCCGUUAUCACCCCCACCAGCCUGCACAGUGUUGGUCCCAUGCGCAGACGCUACUCGGACAAGUACAACAUGCCCAUAUCUCCAGAUAUUGUCCAGAACAAAGAGUUCUACAUGAAUGCUGAAGUACGACCUCCUUUCACAUAUGCUUCGCUAAUACGACAGGCAAUACUAGAGUCGCCAGAAAAACAGCUAACACUAAACGAGAUCUACAACUGGUUCACGCGAAUGUUUGCAUAUUUCAGACGCAAUGCAGCAACGUGGAAGAACGCAGUGCGGCAUAACCUUAGUCUUCACAAGUGUUUUGUGCGAGUAGAGAACGUUAAAGGGGCGGUAUGGACCGUCGACGAGCUAGAGUUCCAAAAGAGAAGGCCGCAAAAGAUCAGCGGAAGUCCAGCUCUAGUAAAGAACAUCCAUACCACUUUGGGAUAUGGUCCCGCUCUUUCUGCAGCCUUCCAGGCUUCAAUGGCAGAGAACAACAUACCUCUAUACACUACCGCUUCCAUCGGAAGUCCCACUCUUAACUCGCUUGCCAGCGCCAUCCGAGAGGAAAUGAAUGGGGCCAUGGACCACGGGAACAGCAACGGUAGUGACAGCAGCCCUGGACGCUCACCCCUGCCAGCUAUGCAUCAUAUCAGUGUAAAAGAGGAGCCACUGGACCCCGAGGAGCAUGAAGGUCCCCUUUCCCUCGUGACAACAGCCAAUCACAGUCCAGACUUUGACCACAACAGAGAUUACGAGGACGACCACGGUCACGAGGACAUGCUGUAAGCCUGGUUUCUCCCAGGUCCUCUGCCUGAAGAGGCCAUACUAACUGCGGUCACCUGCGAGACCACUCCAGAUAUAGCAAGCCCAAGACUGGAUUCACAAUCCUCUUGUUGACAGCUAUUAAAAUGUUCCGAUUUACUCUUAGUGCCAUUAAAUACGAAACGAAAUACGAGAUAAAAAAAUCUAUUCCAUUUGGAAGUAUUUUUGAUUUGUUUCUACUUUUGGGUUUAAAGACAAGAUGCGUACAUUUCUACUCAUCUCCUGAUGAAGAGACGUUUGGUACUGGGGCCUGCUUUUACUUCCUUUUGGCAAAAGUGUCACUGAGACCAGAGCGGACAUGAAAACACAGCUGAGAAAGACUCAUUGCCCUCUGAGUCGAAUAAACACUGAUCACGAACUCUCACACACACAAAUCAUAAGCGCUUCGAUGAGCGUGCCACUCACAGUGUGCGUGUACGUAUGUGACUUUAAUUCAUAGUCUCUGCCUUCAGAUCUUCUCAAGAGGACGGUUCACCCAAAAAUGAAAACUCUGUCGUCAUUUACUCACCCUUAUGUCGUUCCAAACCCAUGUGACUUUCUUUCUUUCUUUCUUUCUUUCUUUCUUUCUUUCGUGAAACACAAAAUGAUUCGUUUUGAAGAGGGUACUCGGUUGCUGUGAAAGCAAAUGCCCUCCCUGAGAGUUUAUGAGAGUCAACGGUGAGCGAAUCAUUCGUUUGAGUUGGAUCUUUUUAGUGAAUCGGUUCAAAACUAAGCUGACUGAUUUCCGACUCCCAAAUUUAUCUAUAACUUCAGAAGACUUGGAAUAUAGGAAAACAAUAUAGAUCCCCUUUAUGUCACUCCACUCUGCAUUAAUUGUAAUUGCAUGAAAAAGAGCAGCUGGUGCACUCUUUAAAAUGUCUUAUUGUGUUUUUAUGGAUAAAAAGAAAGUGGUACAGCUUUUGAACAACAUGAUUAUGACUAAAUGACAGAAUUUUCAUUUUUUAAGUGCACUAUUCCUUUACAUUCGCUGUCGUCGCAGCUGGAGGAUAUCUGUCUGGUGUUUUGAGGGUUCCUGGGCAAAUAAUUUAAACGUAGUGUCCUCUCAUUACUCUGUGCUGUUAGCUAUAUAUCCUUUUUGCUGGGUUUGUUUGUCUUGGUAACUGAUCAGACCUCAUGAAUAAUGACGUGGAGUUAUGGUGUGCUUAGCACUGGAUGAAUGUUAAGGCUUCUCAUGCUCUCUUUUUCCCCUCUUCCUUUCCUUUCGAAAUUGAAACAGAAUGUCGCAUUACCGUGUAGUAUUUUUCUGUCAUUUGUUCCUAGCGUUUCGGAUCGCCACUUUGCAGUCACAUUGCCCUUGCGUGCCGACACACACACACACACUCUCUCUCUCUUUCCCGCUCAUGAAGUCCAUCUGCAAAUGCACUACUCGUAAUGAAGGCUCCCUCUCCACGCACCAAUGAAGUUUAAUUUUCACGUGGAAUGAAUGACAGAGAAAUCAACGCAGGUUAACGUUUAUCGCUCUGAAAUUAUACUUUCAAAAAUCCCCUUUUGUGGUGAUGCAUGUUAGCGUCAACCAAAUCGCUAAUCGAAACCAUCAUCUGUAUUGCAAAAUGAAAUGUCAAAAAAUGUUGAAAGAAGCACCAGGGAGAGGAUUGUUAGACAAAAGUUAAUCGUGAUUCCUGAACGUUAUUGUCGGCAUAUAUGAACCUUUUUUGUUGUUGUUGUUGUUUGCCUUUUUAUUCAAUUCUGUCAUUUCAAAGACUGUCUGGAUGACUUUAAACUGCAUUCCCUUUAGUUUCAAUAUCAGUUUCACCACAUCAAUGACCGGCUCAGCCUCUGUUAUUAGACAUGAUAAUAAUUACACACGGGAUAAACGUUAAAGGGGUUAUGAACUGAGGCUGAUGGCACAGCCAUGACCACUGAGCAUUACGGCACUGGGGCAGCCCACUAUGACCAUUCGCUUCUUGCCACAUCGCAACUGUUUCCGACGGGCUGUUUCCACGCAGGCCAUUUGAACCCAGAAAGCAACUCCGAAUUGGAAGCUGCUGUCACCGGCUAGUUUAGAUUGAAAUUUUGAGAACAGACUUUAGAUUAGGCUUCUACAAAUUGAUUGCAUUUUGUUUUUCGAAUGACUGCAACCAACCACUUUCUGUGUUCUUAUUUAUUACUUCCAUUUUUAUUGUCAGUUUGUUAUACUUAAGUUGAUGUCAUGUCUCUUAUCUGUGACUACCAAAGAUACAAGAUACUACAAGUUGAUAUAUUCUAUGUUCCAUGCAAUAGCUAAACAAAAGGCCAAAUAUCCUUAUAGUGUUCCCCGCACUGGCCGGACGCAAAAAUUAUGAAAUGUCUGAAACUGUGUUGGGCUUAUUAUGGUGAAAAAAAAAAGAAAAAAAAAAAGCCAAAGGGGUUGUUCGAUGGGCAGCUGUAUGUCUUUGCCUGUGACCAAGAUAGUAAAGGAGAGGCAGAGAUCGAGACCAACACACGACCAAAUCAAAGCAAUGUUGUCUCUGGGCCAAUGAAAAGGAAAAAAGGGAGUGUUCUAUCAGGAAAUGAUGGCUAUAAAGGAAAAGGAUAUGGAUGAAAGAGUUUAGGACUGUGUUCACUGUCGUCACAGGAAAUUUAAAUCCAGGAGGGGGAAAACAUUUGCAUAACACAAUGUGAACUGAACUUUAAACUGGACCACACAAUGAUGAGAGUUUCAUUUGUUCUCAUACUUCUCAUAGAUUUAUUAUUUUUUUUUUUUUGCCAUUUUAUUCUUUGAAAAGAUUGUAUGCCACUUACCUUGUAAAUUUGAAAUGGGAUUCCCGAUGUCCUUUUGUUAACCUUGGCAAUGCUCUAUGAUUGUGUUUUAGUGUCUGUCAACUUAUUACUUUUUUAUAUUAAAAAACACUCCUGUCAACCAAUAAGCUGGGUACAAGGUACUUUAAUGGCAGUAACUACUAUUUGUAAAUUUAUCCAAGCAUUUCGUAUUGAUGAAAAGGGUUCACUGAAAUGAAUGAAGCAUCCGGGUAGCUCCAGUGGGACAGAUUCGGGGCUCAUCUGAGGGCUGUUUCUGAUUGUUAUUCUUGAGCAGGUAGAUGAGACCAUUCACCGCAUGUGUAGCUCGGCAUUACUGAAGAAAUACAGCAUGAGAAACUGUUAGUAUGCAUACCUCAGUUCAAACCUCUAGGGAAUGAGUAACUAAGAAAAAGAUGUAACAUUUCACUCAGUUGCACUUAGUCGUAUGUCUUGCAUGUUUAGUCCAAAACUGUAGCAAACUAUUUUAAGAAAAAUAUUUUUAAAAAUAUAUAAAAAUCAGAGCUUGUUUAUCAUGAGGGUCUCUCUUUUUUCUCUUUUAAACCAAUCCAAACCUCAGGCUUUUUUUAUCGUUAUGAUCUCUUCUUGGAUUUAUUUUGCUUCUCACAUGCGGUAAACUGUUUCCUGUCUCUGCUCUUUUAGCUCAUGUUGAAGUAGGUUGUACAUACACCACAUUAUAGCUUGUGUGUCCUCUCAUUUUCUCCUGAUUCUUUUCAAAGAACAACAAAAAAAUACUGUUUGUAUCACCAUGUUUGCUUUAUCACAACUGCUUUGUAUUUACUAUUAAAAAAGACGGAAAACACAAA